UGACUGAGACUGGAAGGACCCUGGUGGUCAUGGCCCCCAGACCUUCUGUUGCCCCAGGACAGGAACCAUUCUUGAAGCCAACUCUUCAGACAUGGAUUGGACUGGACAAUGGGUCGGAGAGGGAUGCUGGUGAGGAGUGAGCUUCUUGGAUCAGGUGGACCCUUGAGACUAUGUUGGCAUCUCCUGCCUGUAGGGGAGAUGAGAGGGUGGAGGGGGUUAGAAACUGGCGAAAAGGACACGAAAAGAGAGAGUGGAGGGAGAGAGCAGGUUUUCUCAUUAGGAGGAGCGUAAUUGGGAGUGUGUAGCAAGGUGUAUAUGGGUUUUUGUGUGACAGACUGACUUGAUUUGUAAACUUUUACUUAGAGCACAAUAAAAAUUAUUAUUUUUUUAAAAAAAGAGUGCUCUAAUUGAUUGCUCUUGUCUGCCAAGGGCUUGGGAUAUAGAACUAAUAGCAAGUGUGCUCUAUACUUGCCAUCCCUAAAAUAGUCUAUUAAUAUGAAAGAGCUAAGACAUCUUAACAUUGGGCAGCUCGAAGCAUGUGCGUUAUAAUUUGAGAUUCUAUCAUUUCUUCCUCUUUCAUACUUCUCUAAUACUUGCUUUACUACAGGAGCAAUGGCCAAACACACCUUCUCCACAUUGGAAUCCUUCCUAAUUUUCCUCCUUGUGAUGAUAACUGCUAUCACGGUGACCCUUCUCAGUCUAUUAUUUAUCACCAGUGGAACCAUUGAAAACCACAAAGACACCCAAAACCCUCAAGCCACCCAGGGCCCCACCACCACUCAAGCUCCUCCACUGACUUAUACCUCGGAGCCUCCAUUCUUUCAGAACUUCAGUGGCUACAGUAUUGGUCGUGGGUGAGCUGACUGCACAGGACAAGUAUCAGAUAUCAAUUUGACGGGCUAUAGCAAAGCUGGCCAGGAUGCACGGGGUAUCCUCAAGAGGUUGUAUAGUCGUGCCUUCAUCAUGGCGGAACCCGAUGGGUCAAAUAGAGUUGUGUUUGUCAGCAUUGACAUAGGCAUGGUGUCUCAAAGACUCAGGCUGGAGGUUCUGGACAGACUGGAGAGUAAAUAUGGCUCCCUGUACAGAAGAGACAAUGUUAUCCUGAGUGGUACUCACACACACUCAGGUCCAGCAGGCUUCUUCCAGUAUACUGUAUUCGUAAUUGCCAGUGAAGGAUUUAGUAAUAGAACUUUUCAGUACGUGGUCAAUGGCAUCGUGAAGAGCAUUGAAAUAGCACAUGAAAAUAUGAAACCAGGCAAACUCUUUAUCAAUAAAGGAAAUGUGGAUGGUGUACAGAUCAAUCGAAGCCCUUAUUCUUAUCUUCAGAAUCCGCUAUCAGAGAGAGCAAGGUACUCUUCAAAUACAGAUAAAGAAAUGGUAAUUUUGAAAAUGGUAGAUCUGAAUGGACAUGACCUGGGCUUCAUCAGCUGGUUUGCCAUCCACCCAGUCAGCAUGAACAAUAGCAACCAUCUUGUAAAUAGUGACAAUAUGGGCUAUGCAUCUUACCUUUUUGAGCAAGAGAUGAACAGAGGAUAUCUACCUGGAGAGGGACCAUAUGUAGCAGCUUUUGCUUCAUCAAACCUGGGAGAUGUGUCCCCCAAUAUUUUUGGCCCACAUUGCAUCAACACUGGAGAGUCCUGUGAUAACUUCAAUAGCUCUUGUCCCAUCGGCGGCCCCGCUAUGUGCAUUGCCACAGGACCUGGAAAUGAUAUGCUUGAGAGCACACAAAUUAUAGGACGAUCCAUAUAUCAGAGAGCCAAGGAACUCUAUGACUCUGCUUCCCAGGAGGUAACUGGACCACUUGCUUCUGCUCACCAGUGGGUGAAUAUGACAGAUGUCACCAUCUGGCUCAAUUCCACACAUACCGCAAAAACCUGUAAACCAGCAUUGUGCUACAGCUUUGCAGCCGGCACAGUUGAUGGAGUUGGAGGCCUUAAUUUUACACAGGGGAAAACAGAAGGGGAUCCUUUUUGGGACACCAUUCGGGACCAAAUCCUGGGCAAGCCAUCUGAAGAAAUUAAAGAAUGUCAUAAGCCAAAGCCAAUCCUUCUUCACACUGGCGAGCUGACCAAACCUCACCCUUGGCACCCAGAUAUUGUUGAUGUUCAGCUUAUUACUCUUGGGUCUUUGGCCAUAGCUGCCAUCCCAGGGGAGCUUACGACCAUGUCUGGACGAAGACUUCGGGAGGCUGUUCAAGCAGAGUUUGCAUCUUACGGGAUGCAGAGUAUGACUGCUGUUAUUCCGGGUCUAUGCAAUGUUUAUACACAUUAUAUUACCACCUAUGAAGAAUACCAGGUUCAGAGGUAUGAGGCAGCAUCUACUAUUUAUGGGCCACAUACUCUGUCUGCUUACAUCCAGCUCUUCAGAGGCCUUGCUAAAGCCAUUGCUACGGACACAGUAGUCAACUUGAGCAGAGGUCCAGAGCCUCCAUUUUUCAAACAACUGAUAACUCCUUUAAUUCCUAAUACUGUGGAUAGAACACCAAAAGGCACAAGUUUUGGGGAUGUUCUACAGCCAGCAAAACCAGAAUACAGAGCGGGAGAAGUUGCUGAAGUUACAUUUGUAGGUGCAAACCCAAAGAAUUCAGCAGAAAAUGAGACCCAACACACCUUCCUCACUGUGGAGAAAUAUGAGGCCACUUCAGCGUUGUGGCAGAUAGUGCAUAAUGAUGCCUCCUGGGAGACUCGUUUUUAUUGGCACAAGGGAUCACUGGGCCAGAGCAAUGCAACAAUAGAAUGGCAUAUCCCAGCCACUACCCAGCCUGGAACCUACAGAGUAAAAUACUUUGGACACAAUCGGAAACAGGAUAUCCUCAAGCCUGCAGUCAUACUUUCAUUUGAAGGCACUUCCUCUGCUUUUGAAGUUGUAACUUCUUAGUGAAAAGUGGACAAAUCGUUUAAAAAACUGCAUUACUCUGUAUGAUUUAUAGAACUGAUUUCACAUGAAUGUAAACUACCAUGUUGACUGCUAUAAUUGUCCCUGUUGGGGACGGACAGAAAGUUUACUUCUAAUGGGGCAGAGGUAGGGGUGUGUGUAUGAGAUGUGUGUGUCCCAUUUAUCUUCUCCAGCAGCUAUGUAGCUUGUGGUCUACAGCCUAAAACAUGAUUUACCUUAAGGCUUUGCGGCUCUUUAAAGGGAUUAUUGCCUCUGAUACAGAACUUCUGAAGUAUUGGUAAGAAUGGUUAAAGAUGUAUGAGCAAUGUUUAACCUAUUUAUUUAUGGAAUUAUUGAAUACUAGCACUGGAAAAGUUUAUAGAAAUCAUUUUACAAAUAGGAAAACUGAGAUUUUGUGGAUUUAAGAUAAGCAUAAGGUUACAGGACCUUUCCCCCAAUCACAUUUAAAAAACAGUAUGUAAAAACUGACCAUCAUUGUAUGAGCCCAAUAAGGAAAUGAAAAAUUAACAUGCCAGUUUUUCUACAUUCAAAUAAGCGUAGCUUUUUCAGAGCAGUCAUCCUGGAGUUGAUAUGCCUAGGCCAGAGUUGUUGAUGCUGAAAUCAUUUCUCCAGUUGCCUUCGGAGCCCAAUUACAAGAAAGCCAGACUUGUGAUAUUUUGAUCAUGCCCUGUGUUUCCUUAAGUGUCCUUACCCCAUCUUGAUUGUGUCUCUUAUUCCCAAGACUUGUUCGGAAUGAUUUUUGUACUGUUUUCAUUAAUCAAGUUCACUCCUCCCCCCAAACAAACAAAGCCUUGCAGUUAGUAUAGAUAUUCAAACAAAAGUGCUUCUGGCUGGGAAGGCAGUCCUUAAAAGGAAGGCUCUAAAUUCACUCAUUUGUUCUUUUAUUACUCACUCACUCACUCACUCACUCACUCACUCACUCACUCACUCACUCACUCACUCACCCACUCACGGAUCUAUUCAGUUAUAAACUAUUUAUUGAGACUUACUCACAGGCUCAGCAUUGUACUACUGCCUGGGCCUUGACAAGCUGUGAUAUCAUAUUUGGGAUAAAGGUAAGCAUCAAAAGAUGACUAUUUUGAACGAGAAAGUAUUCAAUUUGUUAUACAAAUUCUGGGAAGGCAUUAAAAGUCAGUAAUCAAGUCACUUCCAUAAAGAUUUACAGCCUUGGAAACUUUAUG